GAGAGACCUGUUUGUAAAACUCCGGCUCUGGCUCGUCCUGCCAGCUGGUCACUCCUGCGCGGCCACAGGUCAGUUUAAUCAAGUUUCACCGGAACACCCGGGAAUCGGUUACAAGGGAGUAAAUAAAUUAAAGAUGCCCACAAAAAAGAAAAAAACGUCUCAAAGGGCAGGGGAGGAAACCAAAGAUGUGGAUGACGAYGACGACGACUCGGAGGAUCUGGAACCUGAGCUAAAGAAGAAAGGCAAGCAGGCAGGGGAUUCAAAGGAUGCUGAAAAACUGAAGAAAAAGAAGAAGAAGAGGUAUAAGGACAGCGAUGAAGAAGAGCACAGCUCGGAUGCAGCGGGGCCUCCUGUGAAGAGCAACAAAAAGGUCAGAGACAAAGAAAAGGUCAGGAACACAAAGAAAAAAGCCAAAGAAGAGAGUGAGGGUGAGCUGAGCCAUGAAGAUAACAACAACGAGUCGAAGAGAACGAAGGAGGGAGAGAAACUCCCUGAUGUGAUUGAGACCGCCRGGAAAGGCUCAAAAAGGAAGGCCUCUGUCAAAGAAAGGAUGGGGUCCAAGGACAAAACCAAAAAAGGAGGAGACGACGAAGAAGAGGGGAAAAAGAAAAAGAAAGAAAAGAAGAUGAAAGGAUCGGUAAAGGGCGACGACGACAAGGACAAGAAGACGAAAGGAAAGAAGAAAAAGAUUGAAAACUACGUUGAAAUUUAUGAGAACGAGCUUCGCAGCUACGAGCCAGACAAACAGGAGAACUACGAGGACGAGUACCACAAGAAGAAAGUCUACGAGGUGCUGACCAUCACUGGAGAUGAGCGAGGAGCAGGAACUGAUGCCAACGUCUUCGUCACUCUCUUUGGAGAAUAUGGCAUCACACCAAAAAUCCACCUGACCAGCAACACAGAAAAGAAGAGUCGAACAGCAUUUGAGAAAGGCAAAACUGAUGUUUUCAGAAUCAGAACUCAUAAUGUUGGAACUUUAAAAAAAAUAAGGAUUGAGCAUGAUAACACAGGGAUGAAUGCCAGCUGGUUCCUGGACAGAGUGGUCAUCACAGAUGUGAUCCGGCCUCACCUGAGGUUCUACUUUGCGUGUAAUAACUGGCUCAGUAAAGUGGAAGGAGACGGCCUAUAUGUCAGAGACCUGUUGUCCACCAUGGACCCCAUGGACAUGCCCAAAUAUAAUAAAUAUGUGGUGAGCGUUUUCACUUCAGAUUUAAAAGGGAGCGGAACAGAUGCAGACGUCUUCAUCAAUAUUUUUGGAGAACUUGGGGAUUCAGGUGAGAGGCGCCUCGACAGCGACAAAAACAACUUUGAAAAAGGCACAGAGGACAAGUUCACCAUCGAGGCGCCAAACUUGGGCAAAAUUAGAAAGAUCACCAUCGGCCACAACAACAAAGGCUCGUCAGCAGGAUGGUUUGUAGAAAAGGUGAUUUUAGAUGAUAUGGGAAACAAAAUUGUGUAUGAAUUUCCCAUCAAUCGUUGGUUUGCCCUGGAUGAGGAUGAUGGGAAGAUUCAGAGGGACAUCUUGGUGGGAGGGAAUCAGCCCACAGGUAUCGUGUACAACAUUCAGAUUGUGACAGGAAACAUCCGAGGAGCGGGAACCAACUCCAAAAUCCACAUAGUGAUGCACGGUACCAAAGGCCUGAAGAACAGUGGCAAGGUGUUUUUGGAAGGCGGGAAGUUUGAACGGGGUUUAACGGACAUCUUUAAUGUUGAGCUCGCUGCGCUCCUCAGUCCGCUGAGCAGAGUCACAAUCGGACACGACAACGAUGGAGUGAGCGCCGGGUGGUACUGCGAGAAGGUGGUUGUGUACUGUCCGUUCACCGGGAUCGAGCAGACCUUCCCCUGCAGCAAAUGGCUGGAUGACGACGAAGGGGACGGGCUGAUAGAGAGAGAGCUGUAUGAGAUGGUCGCACUCAGGCAAAGGAGGCAGAAGAAGAACCCCUGGUCCCUGUGGAUCUGGACGUCAGACCUGCCCAGCGCAGGAACAGAUGCCGACAUCUCCUUCCAGGUUUACGGAGAAAAGGGUAAAUCCGACGAGAUUAGGCUGGACAAUAAAUCGGACAAUUUUGAGCAGGGACAGGUAGACAAAUUUAUGGUUGAGCUGCCUGAUUUGGGAAAACUGAUCAAACUUCGAAUCUGGCACGAGAAGAGGAAUCCGUUUGCAGGAUGGCAUCUGAGCAAGGUGACUCUGAUGAAGACCUUAACAAAGGAGAAGUACACAUUCCCUUGUGAGCGGUGGCUGGACAUUAAUGAAGACGAUAAUGAAGUUGUGAGGGAGCUUCCUGCCUCUGGAGAUCUGAUUGAUGAGCCACUGCCUGUGAUUAAAUACAGACUGACAGUCUGUACGGGAAAUGUUAGCGGGAGCGGGACAGAUGCAUCUAUUUUUGUAAACCUGAUUGGAGACCUGGGGGACACCGGAGAACGGCAGCUSAUCAACUGCAAAAACAAUGUCAACAAGUUCGAGAAGGGAAAUAUGGAUGAGUUUAUAGUUGAGGCCGUGUCCAUUGGGCAGAUCCGCAGGAUGAGGAUUGGACAUGACGGCAAAGGUGGAGGCUGCGGAUGGUUUCUGGACAAAGUGGUUGUGAGAGAAGAAGGAAAAGCAGAGGCUAACGCUGUGGAAUUCCCCUGCAAAAGGUGGCUGGACCGCAACGAGGACGACGGGCAGAUAUUCAGAGAACUGGUGCCGUUCUCGGAUGGACAGCGUCUUUAUAACAUCAGCUAUCAUAUUGCAGUGAAGACAGGUGACAUCCCUGGCGGCAGCUCAGACUCCAACGUAUUUGUGAAGCUCUACGGGGAAAAAGGAGACAGCAGUAAGAUGAUGUUGGUGAUUUCUACCAAUAACUUGGGGAACUACUUUGAGACGGGUCGCAUUGAUAUCUUCACCGUGGAAUCUUUUGAUAUUGGACAGAUUAACCGUUUAAUGAUUGGUCACACGAACAAAGGAAUGCGCGCUGGUUGGUUUUUGGACAGCGUUCAAAUUAUGGUUCCAGUCCACGGUCAGAACUACAUGUUCCCCAGUCACCGCUGGCUUGAUGAGSACGAGGCUGAUGGGAAGACAGAGGUGGAGAUUUACCCCAGCGAGAUUCUGGACAUGAAACAAUUGAUGAAUUAUGAGGUCGUAGUAGUUACUGGAGAUGUGAUAUUUGCCGGCACCAACGCCAGAGUGUUCAUUCAGAUCUACGGGGACAAAGGAAAGACAGAGGUGAUCCGGCUUGAAAGCAGRUCCAACAACUUUGAGCGGAACACAACUGAGAUAUUCAAGAUAGAGGCCAAAGAUGUGGGGAAGAUCUUCAAAGUGCGCAUCGGUCASGACGGCUCUGGGAUCGGAGCCGGUUGGUUCCUGGAGACGGUGGACGUCAAACAUCUGAUCACAGCGUUGGUGCCCAAGGAGAAGAAAAAAGACGACAAGAAGAAGAAGAAGAAAAAGAAGAAGGACGAGGAGGAGGAGGACGAAGAGGGGGGAGAGGAGAUGCAGGAGGUGGUGCUUACGUAUCACUUCCCCUGUUCACGCUGGCUGAGCAGGGGGGAGGAGGACGGAGAGCUGGUUGUGGAGCUGGUGCCCGAGGAUGCUGAAAAUCUAGAAGUCAACACCUAUGAAGUGUGCGUCUUCACCGGUAACAUGCUGGGAGCCGGGACGGAUGCCAAUGUCUUUAUUAAUAUUUAUGGGGAGAACGGAGACACCGGAGAGCGCCUCCUGUGGAAUUCUGACAACAUUAACAAGUUUGAGCGAGGGCAGGAGGAUGUUUUUAUUGUGACAGCUAUAGACUUAGGCCCUUUGAAGAAGCUACGAAUUCGCCAUGAUAACUCUCAGCCGUACUCCACCUGGUACCUGGACCGUGUUGAGAUAGUGGACACGCAGGAGGAUGUAACGUAUUACUUUCCCUGUAACCGCUGGCUCGCUGUGGAGGAGGAUGACGGUCAGAUCGCACGAGAGCUGGUUCCUGUUGACGAAGCCUUUAUGAGGAAGGAUGAGGAUGAGGAGGGCACAGGAGGAGCCACUCUGGGACUGGAGCAGAAAUCCAUGUCGACGACAUACACUGUUAAAAUAAAAACUGGAGAGAAAAAGUAUGCUGGGACUGACGCCAACGUUUUUGCCAUUCUCUUUGGAGAAAACGAUGAUACAGGGAUCAUCAACCUAAAGGCUUGUAAAAACUAUAAGAACAAGUUCGAACAGGGGAUGAUCAACGAGUUCACUGUGGAGGCUGUGGACCUGGGUGACCUGGAGAAACUUCGAAUUGGACACGACAACUCAGGAGGUUCAGCUGGUUGGUUUUUGGAUUGGGUCGAGAUUGACGCCCCCUCUCAGGGACAGAAAAUACGUUUCCCCUGUGGCCGCUGGUUGGAUAAAGGAGAGGAUGAUGGAGCGAUUGUGAGGGAUCUCUAUCCUGCUGAGUUACAGACUGAACUCUACACUCCAUUUGUGCCUUACGAGAUAAAGAUUUUCACCAGUGACGUGUUCGCGGCGGGAACAGACGCCGACGUGUUCAUAGUCCUGUACGGGCAAAACGGUCUGGGCACGCAGCAGAAGCACCUGUGUGUCAACGAGCGAGAGCGGCGGCUCUACUUUGAGCGAGGAGCAGAGGACAUGUUCAUCGUAGAGCUGGAGGACAUCGGUGAUGUCAUAGAGAAGAUCAGGAUUGGACACGACAACAAGGGCACCAACCCUGGAUGGCACCUUGACCGAGUAGAGAUCAGGCGACAGCUCCGGAAAGGAAAAGGUUCAGAGACCACCAUCUUCCCAUGUGAGCGCUGGCUGGCCAAGUCAGAGGACGAUGGUGAGACAGUGAGAGAGCUGGUCCCCUCUGACAUCAUCACUGAGAAACUCCUCAGGGACGGGACGCUGAAGACCACCGAGGUUGAGGUGGAGGAUGCUUUGGAGACUCACACGUACACCGUGUCGGUGCGGACAGGUGACAUGUACGGAGCGGGAACUGAUGCCAACGUUUUUCUCACCAUCUACGGAGACCUGGGAGACACGGGAGAGCGCAAACUCGCCAAAUCCGAGAACAGCAAGAACAAGUUUGAGAGAGGAGCGGUGGACAAGUUUACGAUCGAAGCUGUGGACCUGGGACAGGUGUUUAAGGUCCGUAUUCGCCACGACAACUCCAUGAUUAGUGCGGAUUGGUACCUCGACCAGGUGGAGGUGCAGGAUGUGGACACAGAGGAAGUUUACAUGUUCCUGUGUGAACGCUGGCUGUCGAAAAAGAAAGAGGACAAGCAGAUAGACAGGACGUUCUUCGUCAAGGGGUAUGAAGGAGAAAGGAACACUGAUCCAUAUUUUAAAAAGGUGGCCCAAAGCAAACAAGGACUGGACCGAAAUGCCAACAAGAAGAAAAAGAAGAAAAAGGUGGUGGUUGCCGAAGAAGGUCCAAUCAUCCCGUAUCAUUUCACGCUGUCCACGGGGAUGGACCGGGAUGCCAGCACCACAGCCAGGGUGUAUGUCAUCAUCAUGGGCCCCGGUGAAGUGGAGACGGACCGUAUGUGGCUGGACCUGCCAGAAGGAAAGACAUCCUUCAGCGCUGGCAGCAUGGAGCACUUUGUGUGCUAUGGGACUGACGUGGGAGAGAUCAAGAGGGUGGAACUUGGUCAUAACGGUGUCACACCAGAAAGCUGCUGGUUGGUGGAUGAGCUGUCGGUUGCUGUGCCAACCAAAGGUAUCAAGUACAUCUUUCCAUGUAAGUGCUGGCUGGCUAAAGACAGGGGAGAUGGUUUGACUGUCAGACUGCUGAACGUGCUAGACUCCAGCACAAUCAACAUUAUCCGUAUAGUUAUUUAUUCAAUCACAGUCGUCACAGGAGACACUCAGUAUGCAGGGACGGACACCAACAUUUUUCUGACCGUGUACGGCGCCAACGGGAGCACAGAGGAAAUGCUGCUGCCGAAAAAUGGAGAUAGGUUUGAGAGAGACCAAGAAGACACUUUCACUUUAGAGAUUGACGACAUCGCCCCUUUGAAGAAGAUCAGAGUUCGGAUCGAUGGCAGCGGCUGUCGACCUGACUGGUUUCUUGACAGGAUCCUCAUGCGGAACCUGACCACUGAGGAAGAGUACCUGUUCACUUACGAAAACUGGCUCUCCAAGACCAAAGGGCCCAAGAGGACGAAGGUGUGUGAGCUGCCGGCGGUGGUGGACGAUGAGGAGAUGGUGGAGAAAACAACAUACAUCAUCCAGGUCCAGACCAGCGAUGUUGGAGGUGGUGGCACCGAUGCCAACGUGUUUUUGAUCCUCUUCGGUGAGUACGGAGACACCGGGACGCUGGCUCUGAAGGAGAGCACCAACAGGAACAAGUUUGAGCGAAAAAUGAAGGAUGUGUUCCGAUUUCCUGACAUGCUCAGUCUGGGAGAGCUGUCCAAGGUCAGAGUGUGGCACGACAACAAAGGCCCAGCUCCUGGCUGGCACUUGGAGUACAUCGACGUGAAAGACGAGGCCAUGGACCAGACAUUCAGAUUCCCCUGCGACCGCUGGCUGGCCAAAAACGAAGACGACAGGCAGAUUAUACGGGAGCUGGCUUGUGCCAACAACGACUCCGUCGACCUCAGUGAUAAAACCAAAUACGAAAUCACCACUAUGACUGCGAACACGGACGAUGCCUCCACCACAGAAAACGCCUGGAUUGUGUUGGAGGGAAGGAAAGCUCGGUCCAAAGAGUUUGUUCUGGAGAAUAAGAAAAAGAAGUUUUUGUGCGGUGCCACUGACUCGUUCGAGUUCUCAUCCAAACACUUGGGGGAAAUUGCCGGCAUUUGCCUUGGUCAUGUAACAAAAGACGGAAAGAAGGUGAAGAAGGAAAUCUUCUGGCACGUUAUGGAGGUGGUGGUGAUGGAGAUGGAGCUGGGAAAUAAGUAUUUCUUUCACUGUGAUGCCCAAAUCCCCCUGGCAGCCAAAAAGGACCAGUUCCUGACCUUCGAGUGCUACAAAUCUGUCGAGAGCUUCGCCAGCAAAGUGCGCAAACUGGUCCCCGUCAAGUACGAGAUCAUCAUCAUCACGGGGGACGUCAAAGGCGCCGGCACCGACGCCAACGUGUUCAUCACCAUCUACGGCGUCAACGGCGACUCGGGCAGGCGUCAGCUGAGGCAGAAGUUCCGCAACCUGUUCGAGCGGGGCCAGACGGACCGCUUCGUCCUGGAGAUGCUGGACCUCGGGGAGCUGCUGAGGGUCAAAGUGGAGCACGAUGGCAGCAGCGUCAACAACGGGUGGUUCCUGGAGUGCGUGGAGCUGACCAACACGGCCAACUCGGUCACRACCAUCUUCCAUUGUGGGAAGUGGCUGGAUCAUCGGAGGGCUGAUGGGCAGAUCCACAGAGUACUUUAUCCCAGAUAUUAGGAGGAUAAAUGAAGCAAAGAUGACCAUUGUAUUUCUCUGUUUUUAUAUGAAAUAAGCUGGAUUUACCACAGCUCAAUGUAACUCUUUUAAAGGAUAAAUCCAGUAUUUUGUCAUGAUUUGUGCCAAGGGUUCAAACAUGAGAAAAGGCCAUAUUACCCRUUUUAUAAAACCAUGCUCCUCUACCAAUAAAUACCAUCACAAAAAACUUUCA